AUGGUUUCCACUAGCCCUGACCCGUCCGACUCUCCGCCGGCAUAUGCUCUAACGGACCAACCCGGUAAUUUUGAAGUCUCUCUUGUGGCUCAGCCUUCCACCCAGGAACUUCUUGUUUCACUUGUUCCUCCGGCUAAACCUCAACUUAAUGAGAAGAAGACCGACCGCCGGGCUCCGGUAGAUCUGUGUCUAGUAAUCGAUGUUAGCGGAUCUAUGAAUACUGAAGCCCCUGUACCAGGCGAACAAGACAAGAACGAGACAACCGGAUUGUCCGUACUCGAUGUUGUAAAACAUGCGACACGCACUAUUAUUGAAUCUAUGGGCGACGAUGAUCGCAUUGCAGUUGUGACAUUCAGUGACUCUGCAGAGAUUAUAGCCCCCUUGACAUUCAUGAAUAAUAACAACAGGGAAGCGGUCUGGAGCUUGGUCGAGGGUCUUCGCACAACUGGAAUGACCAAUCUCUGGGACGGGCUAAAAACUGGGAUGAAUGUUCUGACUGGGAAUAUUCCAGCCGGAAAACGAGCCUCUCCAAAAUCAUCAACUCGUCCUGUGUCGCCUCCACACCCACCGCCCGUACCAGCAAUGUUCGCAACUCAACGGGGCCCAUUACGCCAUGCCAUCGGUUUAGUUGACCGGCCACAACCAUUUCCUCUUCCCACUCAAGAACUAAGGGCUCCACCAGAACCCAAUAUUAAAACCCCGAAUUUAGAAAUCCAGGAUAGCACAAGCACUCAGCUGGAUAGCGAUGAACAGAGGUUAUCCGCUGUGUUUAUACUUACCGAUGGCCAGCCAAAUGUCGAACCUCCUCGUGGUCAUAUUCCAAUGAUCAAGUCUUACCUCGACGCACUGUCGCCCGAUGCGCCAAAAUUCACGAUCUCCACCUUUGGCUUCGGUUACAACCUUGAUUCUCGCCUUUUGGACGAGAUUGCACAUUUGGGCCAAGGAAUGUAUGGAUUCAUCCCUGACUCUGGCAUGGUUGGAACCGUUUUUGUACAUGCCCUUGCAAACCUCAUGGUGACCUGGGCUACAGGGCAAGGAGUAACGAUAACGGCCAAACACCUACCUCAUACGCACUCAGACAAAGUCUCCUUGAAUCUAAUCGCAGCACUUGAGCCAAACCACGAAGUCGAGAGCUCAAUCGUAUUACAACAUCACGUCUUUCGCCUCUCGUUUAUUGAUGCUGUAUCCAAGAUCCUCGAGGAAUCAAAAAGGCCUAAUGUUACUGACUUGCUACAACGCCAAUUCGAGCAAUCCAUUGCAAGCUACCUCAACGAUCCGGUCCUGAAGAAUUAUGAGCCCAGUAAAGCUCUCGCUAUGGACAUUACCUCCCAAGUUAUCCUGGGUCUUGAGCCUAAAAACUGGGCUCGAUGGGGCGUGCACUACAUUCCUUCCAUUGCGCGUUCUCACCAACGCCAGCAGUGUCUAAAUUUCAAGGAUGAAGGUCUUCAGGUUUACGGACGCGAUUCUGAUAUAUUCAUCUCGACUCGAGACCACAUCGAUCAAAUAUUUGAUUCGCUUCCUCCUCCAACUCCCUCGUUGAGAGGCCAAGCCGUGUACCGCCCUGGGAGCCAAAUCCCUGCUAUGUAUACCCCCGUCGGGUCUAUGGCAUCCUACCGUUCGAAGAAGUUGCCCUGUUUCGCGGGUUGGUGCUACAUCGAUACAGAAAGCGGUAAAAUUAGGCUAUCUGAACUUGGUCGAGGAACUAUUGUUCGUACCCCCUCGGGCACCGCACGAGUUGCUGCUGUCCUAAGGACAUUAUGUUCCGGUCAGAUGACGGAACUGUGCACUAUCGGACAGUUGGCGAUUACACCAUGGCAUCCAAUCUACCACAACGGGUCAUGGGUGUUCCCUACCCAAAUUCAGCAAGCCAAGUUAUUAGCCUGCAACUAUGUUUAUUCCGUUUUACUCGAGCCGUCGUCAGAUUCCGAGUCCCAUGCGGUAUUCAUCGAAGGAAUUCGCUGUGUCACUCUAGGACAUGGAUGUAUCGAUUCACUACGCGCCCAUCCGUUUUUGGGGGAUUAUGCGCGUGUAGUGGAAUCCCUGUCGCAGCUCGACGGAUACUAUGAUAAAAGUGGUGUUGUCGACUGUGCUGGGGUUGUCAGCCUACCUCCUCCAGAUCUCGAAAAUCUUGUUUCGGUACUUCCGCGGGAUACAGUACUGGUGGAUGGUGAAGUAACCAACACGGCAAAGGUCUACAUCCUCCCUUUUACAAAGGCGACAUAUGGUCGAUUUAUUCCGGCGUUAAAUGCGAUUGUGGCCUUUGCUCAUGAUAAAGAUUCGAGGACGGGGUUUCUCCUAACUAGCGAGACGAAUACUCCUCCAAACUCGUCGGCUAUCGAAGAGGCGCCAACCAUUGCUUUGCAUCAGAAAUUAUUUCCCGGUCAAUCUCGUGCGCUCCUAGUGCGAUUCGCGGCCGAGGACGGUUGGGGAAUAGUCUGGGCUGAUCCCGCCCGAGUCGAAUGGCACGCUCGUAAGAUGGCUUCCAAGGAUACCUCUGCUGCAGCGCAUAUCUCAAAUGUUGGGCUGUCCGGGUCGAUCACAAUCGUUGAGCACGUCCAAAUCAACUGA